ACACAGAUCUAUGAACAUAGUCUCAAAAUGUGCUUGCGCCCACUACGAGCAAGCCCAUGAUCUACAACUCAGUGAUAUGCGCAAAUUAAGUGUAAUAGCUGUCUUCGAACAAAGUGGUUCGUUUUCACGUCGCCACGCUUCUUCUGGACUUCCAUGGCUUAAAACUAUUUUUGUGUCAGUCUUGAAAGGGCGUGUAGUUGUCUAGCUCAGUCCCGUAGCGAGCUAGUAAAGGGAGUGCCCUGAAGAAGAUAGGCCAAGUUCAGGUAUGGGUGGUGUCAUGGAGGAGGAGGUGGUGCGGGGGUUCCUGAGGAGGUUCCUAGAGGAGUUCCCUGCUCCGCUGGGUUCUGAAGACCCCCUGCCUCUCAACCCCCUCAGCAGGAAGGUCAGCCUGGACGAACUAAGAGGAGAGAGCCUGGAUCUGGGCUUACGCCUACUCAACACCAGAGACGCUCCUUCAACACUGAAUGCAGCCAUGUGCCAUGCAGCCUUGGCUGAGCUGCUGAAGGCUGACCUUUCACCUUUCCACCUCCCCCAGGAAGCCGAACAGCAGCAAGGAGAGGAACAGGAAGUUGUUUUGCUCCAAUCAGAGCCCGUCCAGCGGCUGUUUCUCAAUAAGCUUCGGGAGGUGGGUGUGGCUUGGCAUCAGAAUCUCCCCUCCCCCCUCCCAGUAGGACCCUCCCGUUUCCUCAUGUGCUCCGCCCACGCCAUCAGGAACACUCGAAGGAAGAUGGAGGAUCGCCAUGUGACCCUCCCUGACUUCAACACACUCACUGGCCUCAAGGACGGUGUGGAGCGUGGUUACUAUGCUGUGUUUGACGGGCAUGGCGGUGUGGACGCUGCUAUCUAUGCUGCCACCCACUUGCACGUCACUCUCAGCCAGCAGGAGGGGCUGCAGAGCGACCCGGCCACUGCCUUCAAGACAGCCUUCACCCGCACUGAUGACAUGUUGAGAGGGAAAGCCAAGAGAGAGCGUCUUCGCAGCGGCAGUACAGGCGUGGCGGUGCUGCUGCAGGGGGAGUGGCUUCAUGUGGCGUGGCUGGGAGACUCCCAGAGCAUGCUGGUCAGACGGGGACAAGACAUCACUCUGAUGGACCCACACAAGCCUGACAGAGAGGAUGAGAAGCAGCGUGUAGAAGCCCUGGGUGGAUGCAUCGUCUUCAUGGGCUGUUGGCGUGUCAAUGGAACCUACGCUGUCUCUAGGGCCAUAGGCGACUUUGACCAGAAGCCCUAUGUCUCUGGCGACGCUGACUGUUCCUCCACACGGCUACAUGGAGACGAGGACUACAUUCUCCUGGCCUGCGACGGUUUCUUCGACGUCGUCCGGUCCGCAGAGGUCCCGGAUCUGGUCCUCGGGGCGCUACGGGAGCAGGGGGAAUCCCAGGGGGCCGUGGAGGGGGCUGGGUGUGAAGAGGUCUCAGAGGGUGUUCUGGGGGAGCGCGUGGCCCAGGAGCUAGUAGCUCACGCCAAGGCAGCGGGUUCUAGUGAUAACAUCACUGUCAUGGUGGUGUUUCUACGUCCCCCUGCACAGCUACUGCUCCGGGACCAGAGCAACACUGCUGUUGCUACUGAGGGGCCAGCCCAGGAGUAGGGUGAAGUUGUCCCUAGGCACUGAUCUGGGGUAAGUUUUGUAUUAAUGGUUAAGGUUAGAAUUGGGGGAGGGGGAUCACCGCUGAUCCUAGAUCUGUACCUAGGGGAAACUUCACCCCGGAGCUCCAGCCCAGGCCUCCAACUCCCAGAACACACUGGGGCAGUGAGACAGGAAGUCUGCUGCUGCUACCCACAGUGCAUGUGGGCAGGGAGGCAGGAAUUGGACUGGAUUUAAAAGGCAGUAUUUAUUAUGUAAUGACGUGACGGUGCCAAACUACUCGGUCACUGCGUGUUGUGGUCAGCCUUUUGAAUCACCGCUGGUGCUGAAACAGAUAUUCAACUGGACUGGAGAAGCUCUGUUCAUAACGAAACAAGUCUUAGCACAGACUAAUAGUUCUGCCAAUGGUCAGAAUCCAGUGUGCUUCAAUAAGGUCUCUCUGGAUUCGUUUGUAGGUGUAAGACAGAGCUGCUCAACCUUCUUCCUGGAGAUCUACUGUCCUGUAGGUUUUCAGUUCAACCCUCUUUCUGGAGAUCUACUGUCCUGUAGGUUUUCAGUCCAACCCUCUUCCUGGAGAACUACUGUCCUGUAGGUUUUCAGUUCAACCCUCUUCCUGGAGAACUACUGUCCUGUAGGUUUUCAGUCCAACCCUCUUCCUGGAGAUCUACUGUCCUGUAGGUUUUCAGCCCAACCCUCUUCCUGGAGAUCUACUGUCCUGUAGGUUUUCAGUCCAACCCUCUUCCUGGAGAUCUACCGUCCUGUAGGUUAUCAGUCCAACCCUCUUCCUGGAGAUCUACUGUCCUGUAGGUUUUCAGUUCAACCCUCUUCCUGGAGAUCUACUGUCCUGUAGGUUAUCAGUCCAACCCUCUUCCUGGAGAUCUACUGUCCUGUAGGUUUUUAGUCCAACCCUCUUCCUGGAGAUCUACUGUCCUGUAGGUUUUCAGUCCAACCCUAAUUUAGCGGUUCUGAUUCAGCUAGUUAACAUCUUGUUGAGCAGCUAAUUAAUAUAAUCAGGUGUGUUAAAUUAGGGCUGGACUGAAAAUCCACAGGGACGGUAGAUCUCCAGGAAGAGGGUUGGACAGCCCUCCUAUAAGGGAUGUAGAACUCUGUUGGUGUCUCUAACGUACUCCCUCCAUUUCUCUUAGCAUCACCAAUUCUUUGGUAUCUCUGUUACAAGCUAAGGGACGGGAUGCUGUCAUCCAUGCCUCAGGUUUUAUUUCAGAAGGGGUGAUAGAAUCAUUACGUUUCCUAACAUCUUGGAUUAGAAGGGCUGAGAGGAUUCAUCCUCUUGGACUGUUCUAAAACAAGAGGUAAACCAGAUGGGUCAUUUAUGUCAAUACCUCAAACCACUUUUACCCCUGUUGAUAUGAUGUGUGAUAUGUGCCAUUUUGUGUGUGUGUGUGUGUGUAUGUGCACGUGACCUGUACGCAAAGGUGUGCGUGUGUACUGUACUGUUCACACGUGUAAUGUGUGUUUCUGUCAUUUUAUUUUCUGCCAAAAAAGAUGAUGUCAAAACACUGUGUCCAACAAUAACACAAGCAGUGUUAAGAAAAAAUAACUUUCCCACUAUAUCAGUAUUACGGACCAAUCAGCCUUCUGUCCCUGGCUAUUAAAUAUAUCCUGUCCUCACUUCUUUAAGGCAGUAUCAGUGUUAAAAAUGUCUGGAUUGUGAUUUGGUGUGAGGAUGAAAUCCAAGAUGGCAGCACUUCAGUUUUUUUUGAUUCAGUGAGAGUCUACCAUGAGGGUUCGAGAAAGAGAGUUGGUUAAACCUCUUAAGAACUUACGUGCCAAAUGCAAAUAGUCUCUGCAGCUCUUUUUUGUUUCUUGUUCUGUGGAACAGCACGAGAUGUGUGAAUUACCAGUGUGUAGUCAUUCAUUAUCAGUGUUCCUGUGUGAUUUGUUUUGGAGGAGUGUCUCUCUGUAGAUGUGGGUGGGUGUCCGGUCGUAACAGUUCUCUACUUAUAGGGCCUUCACUAGGCACCUCUACUCACUUACAGGGCUAACAAUAACUGAUGGUCAACUGAUUAUUUUAAUCAGGACAAAGAGAGUAGAUGAGGGGGAAAUCAUGUCGCUUUCUACCUUUUGAUGCCAAACUAACUCCUCACUCACAAACAGAUUUAGAAAUGAAUUUAAAAACCUACUCCAAUUUUUUUUAUUGGAGUAGGGCUAUGUGUAUCUAACCAAACUUUAGCUGUUUAACUUGUACACAUACACACAUAGUUCUGUAAUUUUCUGGACUUAGUUAGACAGUGUUUCCACUUCCUGUUUAAAACCACAGCUUUAUAAUCUUUAACGUCCUCAUACUCAUAACUAUAACCACUUCAUGUCAUUUAAAGCUUUUAAAAACAAUUUAGAGUGUUUUUACCACUUUAGGCCUACUGCCAUCCUCCUUGUUGAACCCUGUAUUAAAACAACGUUUCCUAAAUCAA